CAACGACUACAAGAUCAGCCAUCAAAUUAUUGAAACGGUGCGCGUCGUUAUCACCGGUCAGUGGACUGAGCCUUUCUUUUGCUUUCGGUCCGUCAUUGCGCAAUCUGACAGAUUUGACUUUUGAUCGACGUGUCAACCGAAUCUUGGGGAAUAUAAUCGUGACUUUCAACGACAUUGAUUUUUAGCUUUUGUGUGUCUGGAUUUCUUUAAUACAACCCUUGCAUCAACCCUUUGAGCCUACCACCUUGUUGGUUUUUCUUUUCCAUCGGGAGACGCAAAUCUAUGCCUAUUUUAAUGGGAAAACUGUAGCCUACUAACGGAAAUGAUCUCAGUGGCGUAGACUAGUUGCAGUCCUCGCAGCACGACUUUUCCCACACCCCGAACCAUGCCAGUGGAAGAUCCUGUUGAGGAAAACAUAAAGGCUUUCUAAAGCUCUCGGUCAAGAUGUUCGCCGGGAUGGUCACACUGGAAUGUCAGAACACAUCGAUGACAAACACCGACGGCGUUCAGUGUCGCCGGUGUGCGACAUUUGUGGAUGGUGGCCCAGGUGGCUCGGGGGUUGGCGUCUGCCGCAAGAGAAGCCAGCGAAGGCCAGGGUACAUGAGGACCGAGCUGACUAGACAGCUGGCCACCGUCACCAGGGCAGAGGAGGACAGAGCGCCCGGCCUGCCCAACGGACAGCAGCCCGGUGCUGAGACCCGCAAAGCCUCUGCCACGUGUGCCAGGAGAGCUGGCCAAGUCAGCGGUUCUUCGCCCGUCAAGGCCAAGUGUCACCGGCCGCUGCCAGCAGAGGAGCGAGGAGCGGAGGUCCAGAACGGUCGGACGCGGAGCUUGUCUUUCUCUCGUGAUGGCAGCUGUUCAGGCAGGGGCUCGUUCGGUGUAGGAUCGCCGUCCUGCUCCUCGUACCACUCAGGGUCUCCUCGGACCUCUCCAGCGAGGGACACUUUCAACUCCAGCUUCAGCUUCAUUCAGAUGUCACUGGAUGCAAGCGGGAGCUUGGAUGGAACGUUUACUGACUCUCCCUCUCAAGACUCUGUAGGUCAACUGUCACCUGAGCCUCCUUCAAACACACUUACAUCUUCAGCACUUGACCACUCACUUGGUAGCUCUUACGGAUCUGAGCAAACCAGGCUCGAUUUAGCGAUAAGGGACCAAUCACCAUCAAGGACUAGAAACUCUGAGCAAUCAUGGGCCAGUGCUCAGGCCACAAGUCAAACCUCAGGAGGUCAGUCACUCCCUGGUUUAAGUUUAGCCACUGAGGACCCUGCUUCUGUGCCUUGUAAGAGGGUAGAGAAGAUGCAGGAUUUGUACCUAGCGGGUGACUCGUGGAGGGGGGCUGGCAUCAUGCCCUGGAACAGCCGGGAGAGGAUGUCGCCCUCCGUGGCCUCGACGGACACGAGGGACAGUCCGCCCGACUCGGACUGCUGCUCCCUGGAUGCGGAGCUCACGUCCUCCCUGUCCAUGGACUCCUCGGACGCUGCCUCUGCGUCCUCGUUGACCUCGAUGACCUCGAUGACCUCGGGGUAUGAGAGCACCACUCCGUCCUCUGACCAGACCUGGGAUGGCCUCCUGAAGAAGUAUGAUGGCGUGCUGCAGGAAUGCCUGCAGAGCACCCGAACAAAUACUAAGAUUGAAUCCAUGAUGUUGAAACUUCAGAGACUACAGCAGAAGGCAGUGCUGGAUGACGACUAUGAUUCAGCGGAGCGCUUUGGGAAAAAGUUGGAGGAGCUGAGGAGAGAGCGGGCUUCCCUCCAGCCGGGCCUCCCCUCCAGACACCCAGCCGUGUGUGGCCUCCUGGACCGGCUCAGCACAGCUGUCAACAGCGCCCUCCAGAGGACAAGCACAGAAUGCAGGGAUACGGCGGAGACGUCAGGAUGUCUGGACACCCCGAGCAGCACAGAGAGUCCCCAGCGGAGGAAGGAGCUCUUGCUUCAGGAGAAGCAGCUCGUCGAGGCUGAGGUGCGCGAGCUGCGUGCGCGGCUGGCGGAGCUGGAGGAGCGCAGCGCGGCUCUGGACGAGCGGAUCGCCUGCGAGGAGCAGCAGCAGGAGCUGGAGGAGGUGGAGGGCCCCGUGCUGCGCAGCUGCACCCCGGCGCUCCUCCGGCAGAUGGGCCGCGCCCUGGAGGACCUGCUCAGCUCGCAGCACCGCACGCGCAUCUGCCUCUCGCCGCCACCUCUGCUCCUCAGACUCCAGGAACAGGAGCAGGCGCUGAGCCUGUCCAUUAAGGAAGCCACGGCCAAAGUGGUGAUGAGCCAGAGGUUAGGUGCCAGUCUCAGGAGGAAGGUGAGCGAGAGCGAGACCCAGCUGCUGGCGCUCCACGAGGCCAAGAUGGCCGCCAUCUCAGGGAACGACUUCAGCAGUGCGAAGGAGCUGAAGGCGGAGAUGAAGGCCGUGUACGGGGAGAGGGACCGCCUGGAGGGCCUGGCCAGGAAGCUGCAGGCGCUGAGCGGGGGCGGCUCCCAGGACCUGGCCCGCAUGAAGGAGCAGCACGGCCAGCUCAAGCAGGACCUGGAGCACAGGGAGGCCCAGCACGAGAGGACUCUGAAGGAGAACACGGCAAAGUACAUGGAGCUUCUGGAAGACAGACUUCACAGCUGUGGCAGCCCAGCGCUGGAGCGAGUGUGGGAGGCUGACCUGGAGGCCUGCCACCUCAUCCUGAGAGGCCUGCAGCUCCGCACCCCCAGCUGUUCGGGCCCCGAUAGCGAGGAGGUCCCCCCUUCGCCUGCCCCAGGUCCGCUCACCCAAACAUGCGCCAAAGCAGAGGCGGACUGCGCCAUGUUGACUGCCCUGGGGGGUCGCUGGUGCCCAGAAGCCAAUCUGCAGCACUCUGAAUUCACCAAGAAAUUAGAAGAGUUCCUGUUCUGCUUGGAGGACAGUCACACGGAGGACUUGAAUAGCGAUGUAGAGGAUGUGACGGGCCAGUGUGAGAGGAUCAGUGAGCAGCUUCUCUCCCUGGAAGACCAACUGCAAGCGGCCAUCGACAACCAGGACCACCAGCUUACACUGUCCUUGGAGAGGGAGGUGAAGGAGGUGAAGGUCACCCUUCAGGCGAUGCUGAUGCAGCUGCAAGAUGAAGACGAGGAUGAGGAGGAGGAGAAGGAGAAGGAGGACCACGAUGAAGAGCUGGAGGAGGAAGAUGAAGUGGAACUGGAGGAGGAUGAGCAAUAUCACGACAUCAUGGACGAUGUGGACAUAGAGGACGAUCAUUAUUUCAGCGAUAACUGGGAGAUCUGAGAACGUGGAACUGUGCAUCAUAAAAAGCCUUGAGAACGGAAUCACUGAGGACUAAAGCCUUGAGACUGAGCUCAUCAGUUUGGUAAAUCUUGAAGAUGGGCCCACCGUCCCUGCUGAAAAGAGGACAUUAUCUAUCUAACACCUCAUCAUUAAUGAUAAUCUGAGACCAGCAUUUCAUAUACAUUCCUCACGAGUAUUUGUGACCUUCCACGGCGAAAUCAGUCACAAUGUCCAAAUUUUCAAAAUCAAAGUUAUUACGUUUUCAGGAAGGGGCAUAAUCAACCUUCAAAACGAUACCUAUAUCUAAUGAAUUGAACAUCAUAUUACUGAAAUAUAAACAUUCAAAGGAGUUGUGUUCAUCCUGUCAUGCCAAUAGAAAAACGGAGAAAUCUGCCUCUGAAGUUAACCGUCGGCUCAACACUCACGAACGCUUUGUAAGGUCGCCGCUAUUACAAGAUUUACGGUACUUGUAUCAACGACACAGCACGCGGAUGGCUUGGUGGUUGUCAAUGAGUGCAUUUACCGUAAAAAUUGGAAUAGAGCGGCAAAAACGAGACGCCUCUAACUUCCUGCUUCCUCUAACUUUCUCACCUCAACAAACUCACGUUUUUAGACUACAAAAGGUCAGUUUUUCGGCGAAAUGUAUUCACGGCCGUACAGUGUAGACCUCCCACCGUUUCAAAACACUUACAAAAAAAAAUCCACAAUUUUAGCACAAGUGACAUAAAUGGCCAUUUUUCUCAGAAACGCCUGUUGCGACAAGCGACUGGUUUUGCCGUGGAACGUCAAAUUUUUGCCUCUGGUAGCAUUUACUUUUUUAGCACUGAUGUGUGUGUGUUUGUGUGCAUCUGUCUGAUAAUUUUUCAUCCAUAGGGAUGUUGUUGAUAAUGUACUCAAUGUACUCAUGAAUAAUCUCAUGAAUAAUCAGCAUGAAGGGUAGCCUAUUUGGUCACUGACUUAUGUUUCACAAAUCUAUAAUUGUUCUUCACAAUAAGUAUGCACAAUAAUUGCAUUCAUUAUGUAAGCAAUACAGGUUACUUACACAGUAGUAGUUUCACUUACUGUACAAAUUGUGGUAAAAAUGAGCUGAGGAACCGUUAAUGGUUUACAUUUACAAUAUGCAAGACUUGCUGUAAUGGGAUUGUGGUCAUGUUUGUUAUUACUGCGUUAUUACAUAAUUGUUUCACUAGUUUUUUUUGCAUUUGUCUUUUAACUCAACACACAUAUUUAAGUGUGAGCCAUUCUUUUGUAAUGGAUAUAGUUAGACAGACCCUGUAAGGAUCUACCCCUGUAUGAGACAGGCACACAACACAUGGCUCUCCAACUUGAAAUAGGAAUAUUUGAUUUGAUGCACGAAUAGGCCCAUUUAUGUUGCUUCUAUUUAUUUUGGUUUCUAUGAUUUUUAAAAACAUUCCAUAAAACUUUUUGUAUACUUGUAUGAGACUUAUUUAUUGUUUUUCAUGUUUAUUGUAUUUUUUUUAAAAUAUUUGUUUACACUGAUUGUUUUUUUUAUUCUUUUUUUGUUCAGUUUUAUAAUGCAAUUGACAUCACGUUCUAGGCUUGUUCAAGUCUUUGUAGUCUGUGUAGUGUUAGUAUGACCAGUGUGAGAAAUUACCUGGUGGCAAGGCAAUCAGGGUGUCCCCCUUACACACCGCCAGUGUUACACCAAACCUAGAGUGGAGGUUGAAAAAUAUUCUGUCUUAAGAAGGAUUCAGACCAAAGAUUCCCAACGAGACGAGACCAGUCGCGCCGCGACGUUCUAAAACCUUGAAACUGUUAUUAAACAUGUUGAAUGCUCUGCGAUGGCUUGCAACUACAGUACAUGCAACAUUUAAUUCACACCACUGCACCGUCGUGUUGGGAAUCUUUGGUGUGAAUUGGGCUUUACCUUUAUAAAGAAUGGACCCCAAAGAACCCCCAAAAUGCAUCUCUUGAGGCUUUCAGGGGGUGACAAGUGUCAAUCAGGGGGUCUUGCACCCUGUUUUGCAUCCUGAAUAUGACACAUUUUAAUGGAUUUUGCAUAAUGCAUUUUUCUGAUGACGAUUGGACAAAAAUGAUUUAGUAGUCCAUGAUAAAAGCAAUUUUGGUGCAUCAUCAACUUAAUUAAGCUAGCAGUGUUAAAACAGGCUGGGUCUGCACAAAUGUGUCUCUUUUGCUUCUUUGAAAAAGCAUUGAGGGAGAUGUCUUUUGUAAUUUUGUACAUCAACUUUGGUAAUUGUGGUAUUUUUUUUCUCUUAUUAAGCACUUUGUUAUCAUUAUGAAGGAUCUUAAUCUUAGGUUUUAAAUGCAAUGUGCCAGCUAAUGAAAAGUCCUUCCACUCUUAACAAGCACAGUUUGGGUUGAAUGUUUAUUUCUUGGCUUUUACCUGUAACAGCUUCAAAACCACUGUAGGGUACCGAGCCACUGACGUCUCAUUCUUCCUCUUUUAACCUAUGAUAUCUACGUUGCAUUCCCUUGCUUAUUGUGCAGAAGUAUGAUUAUACUUUGUAUGUAAACAGUUUAAGUUUAAGACCAAUGACAUGUAUUUUUAUUCCCUUUCUGAAAAAUAAAAGAAGGAACAUGA